CAGCGGCAACAGCAAAAAAGGAAAAAGGAAAAAAAAAGGAAGAAAGGAAGAAAAGAAAUACAAACCAAGCCUGGAUGGAAAGGAGUGUGUGUGUGUGAGUGUGUGUGUGUGUGCUAAGGAAACUAGCUCAGAGUAGUGUGUGAAACACAUAUACAUACAGCAAGUGACAAUGUAUUAGUGUGUGUGUGUGUGCCGCGACUGCUGCUGUGAAGGAAAAGUGUGUGUGUGUGUGUGGAAAAGUGCGUGCGAUGCAUUUGCAAAGGCUGCUGCUCUCUACGACAAGCCGCUGCUGGCCAUGCAACUGCAAAAGCAGCUCCAACUAAGACUCAGACGAAGACAAAGACUGGCCAAAAAGUAAGACGUGCCACAGUAAAAAGAGAGCAGGAGCGGGGCUAGCACCUGCUCGAAGAUAGCGCACUGAUUGACGCAGCAGAGACGCCUGCCACAGCCGCCGCACUGGCGUCGUUUUGUGAGCGCGGCUUGAUGCCCGACUCGAUGAUGGAUAUGGAGCAUCGGGAUCAUCAGCUGCAUCGGCAUCAUCAGCCGCAGCAGCGUGUGAUUGCGGCAAGCAGCACGAGCACCUUUGCAACGCCAGCGCCAGCGCCAACAGCAGCAGCGGCGGGGGCAGAAGGACCAGCAACAAUCAGCGAGCAGCGGGAACGGGAUCGGGAACGUGAACGGGACCAUCAACUGCCCAUAACGGGAACACCAAGCAUGCAGCACCAUCAGCUGCCCCAACAACAGCAGCAGCAGCAGCAGCCCAUCUUGCCGCCGCCGCAGUCGACGCGACCGCAAUUAAAUACACGCGAGCAUCACCAACAAGUGCAGCAUCAGCGCAACCUGCUGCAGCAGCAGCAGCAGCAACAGCAGCUGGAGCAUCAGCAGCAGCACCCCGAGCAGCAUCAGCAGCAGCAGCAGGAACAGCAGCAGCAGCAGCACCAACAGCAACUCAAUCAGCAGCAGCAGCAGCAACAACAACAGCAACAACAACUUAAUCAGCAGCAGCAACAACAACUGCAGCAGCAGCAGCAGCUGGCGCUGCCGCACAGUCAUCAUGCGUUGAUGCAGCAGUCGCAUCAGCAGCAGGCCAUACAUCGAGCCGAGCAGCGACGAGAUACACAAGCAAAACAUUCACAUGGAUUUCUCUAUUCGGACGAGGAUAUCAGCGACAAGGCCUCAACAUGCGGCAAAUUGCUCAUUUUUCUAUCCGUGGCACUUGUGAUAAUGACGCUGCCCUUCAGUCUAUUUGUGUGCUUCAAGGUGGUGCAGGAGUACGAGCGCGCGGUUAUCUUUCGGCUCGGCCGCCUUAUGCAGGGCGGCGCCAAGGGUCCAGGCAUUUUCUUCAUUCUGCCCUGCAUUGACUCGUAUGCACGCGUGGAUUUGCGUACUCGCACCUACGAUGUGCCACCGCAGGAGGUUCUCACAAAGGAUAGCGUUACGGUUUCGGUGGAUGCAGUGGUUUACUAUCGCGUAUCAAAUGCAACCGUCUCUAUAGCGAACGUGGAGAAUGCUCACCAUUCGACCAGACUACUGGCACAGACUACUCUACGAAACACAAUGGGAACUCGGCAUUUGCAUGAGAUACUCAGCGAGCGUAUGACGAUUUCCGGCACCAUGCAGGUUCAGCUCGACGAAGCCACCGAUGCUUGGGGCAUCAAAGUUGAACGUGUUGAAAUCAAGGAUGUGCGUCUGCCCGUGCAACUGCAGCGCGCGAUGGCCGCCGAGGCGGAGGCGGCGCGUGAGGCGCGCGCCAAGGUGAUUGCCGCCGAGGGCGAGCAGAAGGCGUCCCGUGCGCUGCGCGAGGCAUCCGAGGUGAUUGGCGAUUCGCCGGCAGCGCUGCAGCUGCGCUAUCUGCAGACACUUAACACCAUAUCCGCGGAGAAGAACUCGACAAUUGUGUUCCCGCUGCCCAUCGACUUGAUAACGUAUUUCCUGAAAACAUCCGAAGCGUCCUCGCAACAGAAUGCGGCUGCAGCCGUCGCAGCGCAGCAGCAGGUGCAGCUGCAGCAACAACAACAGCUGCUGCAACAGCAGCAGCAACUGCAUCUGCAGCAGCAGCAGCAGCAAUACUCGCCGUCGCCCCAGAUGCUGCAGGAGCCGGCGCUGCAGCUGCAAAUGCAGCCACAGCCACAGCUGCCGCAGCAGCAGCAACAGCAGCAACAGCAACAGCAGCAGCAGCCGCAGCAGCAGCAGCAGCAAUACCAGCAGACGCAGCAGAUCUCGUCGGCCAUGUAAAUGCAAAAGAAAACCUCCCCCAAAGAAGAAAAGUUUCGGCAUUGCCGAAUCUUGAAUGCGCUGCACAAAGCAGCACAAAGCAGACAGAAGGAAGCGUCACUGCCAUGUUAAUUAACAUAGCCUUAACAGAAUGUUCAGCUGUGCAGCGCAUUCUACAUAAAAGAAACACACACACAUAUACACUGACACACAUACAACGAUUCCGAAUAGAAUCAAAAAUUUAGUUCUAGGUACCAUUAAGUGCGAUUUCAAAUGCAUUGAUUCCACAAUAUGGAAAAGUCAGGAGUACUAUUUAUUAAAUAUAAUUCAGACCAUUGAUUCCAUUGAUGGUAAAGUCAGAAGUACUAUUUAUUAGAUAUAGUUCAGACCAUAGAUUACACAAUAUGGUAAAGUCAGGAGUACUAUUUAUUAAAUAUAAUUCAGACCAAUUAGGGUCUUAGGCAAGCUAACUCGUAGCGACUAGUGAAAAUUCUAAAACCAACCAGUUUUGAGAAUAUUAAAAUGGAUUCAACCAAUUAGCAUAAGAGACAGUGUUGUAAGCUGCUGCUUCUAAAAAAAAAGAGUAGCAGAAAACAGUGUUGAACAAUUGCUAAGCUUGUCAUUCUAAAGCCAAAAACUAGCUAAAAAUAUAAUCCCCGUUUUUAGCUAGAAUACGGCUGAAUUGGCAUAUUGGAUAAUACAUUUUGCUAUACUCAAAAAUGGUUGGUUUGGUUUUGAAUUUUCGUCAAAUCUAGUUGUGAAAUGUGAAGUAGAAGAAGGUGCAAAAAAAAAAACUGUCGUAAUGUGUUUUUGUAAAUGUUUAGCUAUAAGAUGUUAAUACGUGGUUAUCAGUAGCAAAACAACACAUAUAUAGUCCAAGCAAACGAUAUACGUUAGGUAAAUUUCUUAUAUAUAUCUAUAUGUAUAUAUGUAUGCAUAUAUAUACAUAUACGUACACAUACAUACUCGUAAUGCAUUUACAAAUUGCUCUAUAGCUGUAUGUACCGAUUGUGAUAGAACAAUUUGUACAGCUCGUUAGCUGUGGCGCAUAAACCGAAUCUAGUUGAAAUGUUUCAGAAAACAAAAAAACUAAAGUAAUAUAAAUAAAAAAAAAACUUUUUGAAUGUACAUCUAUAUGGCCACAUAGAA